GGGGGAUGUGGGAGGGUUCCCAGUGCACCCCACGUGUCACAGCAUCAGGGCUGUGUCAUGUGAAUGUGGCAGCUCGUGUGUGAUAGCCCCCCCCUUGGGACCCCCCUGAGGCCACCAGGGAAGAGGAUGGGACUAACCUCGUGCCAAAGUGCUUCUGCUUUCAGACACUGCCAAGGAGAAACCCUGAACUCCUCCGUGCAGGGAGGAGCUGGACUGAUCUUCCUCCUGAGCCCACCUUCCUCCUCCUUGCCUGCCAGGACAGAGGCAGAGACAUGGGCACCCGGGGACACUGGCACGGCCAACGUCACCUCUCCCUCCUCUCUGUCCCCCAAACUCCUGGGCGGCUGCGGGCGAGGAGCUGGGGACAGGCAGUGAAGCCCCACGGGACGCCAGAGCACCCGGUGGCAGGGCCAUGGCAGCCCAGCUCGGCGGGGGAGAGAAGCCCUUCCACAUCGUCUCGCCCCUCCUGGAGAGCCUGCCCUUGUCCAAGGUGGCAGGGACCAAGGUCUACAUGAAGCUGGAGAACGUGCAGCCUAGUGGCUCCUUCAAGAUCCGGGGUAUCGGCCACCUCUGCCAGGAGGCUGCCAAGAAGGGCUGUCGCCACUUCGUUUGCUCCUCUGGGGGGAAUGCAGGUCUGGCAGCAGCAUAUGCAGCCAAGAAGCUGGGGCUGCCAGUCACUGUGGUGGUCCCCAGCACCACCGGCGCGGCCACCGUGCGCAAGCUGGAGGAGCUGGGGGCAGAGGUGGAGGUCUCUGGCCAGGUGUGGGAUGAAGCCAACCAGAGAGCCCUGGAGCUGGCCAAGACAGAGGGCUGGGUCAGCAUCCACCCCUUCGACCACCCCUUGGUGUGGCAGGGUCACGCCAGCCUGGUCCAGGAGCUGAAGGACUCUCUGGACACCAAACCCGACGCCAUCCUGCUGUCGGUGGGGGGCGGGGGGCUGCUGGCGGGCGUGGUGGCCGGGCUGCAGCAGGUGGGCUGGCAGGAUGUCCCCAUCGUCGCCGCUGAGACCCGGGGGGCUCACAGCUUCCACACGGCGCUGGCCGCCGGCAGGCUGGUCUCCCUGCCCGACAUCACCAGCGUGGCCAAGUGCCUGGGAGCCAAGCAGGUGGCAGCGCGGGCGCUGGAGUGUGCCCAGGAGUGCCAGGUGAUCUCCCAGGUGCUGGAGGACGCGGAGGCUGUGCGAGCCGUGGAGCGGUUCCUGGAUGACGAGAGGAUGCUGGUGCAGCCGGCGUGCGGGGCCGCCCUGGCCCUGCUCUACACGGGGCGGUUGCAGCGGCUGCAGCGGGAGGGGCGGCUGCGGACCCCCCUGGCCUCCGUGGCCCUGGUGGUGUGCGGGGGCAGCAGCAUCCAGCUGGCCCAGCUGCGGGCCCUGAAGAGCCAGCUGGGGCUGGAGUGACGCCCACCCCCGGCAGGGGAGGUGACAAAGCCCGGCCGGCCCCCCCCGGGCUCAUCCCACCUCCUCUGUCCCCAGCGUCCGUGCGGGGAUGGGGAAACUGAGGCACGCGGGUGAGCCCGGGUCUGACGCUGCAGGCAGGGCUGGGCCCGGGGCUCUGCCUGUGCCUCUCCUGCCUGUCCCUGAGGCUCACACAUCCCGCUCUGCCCCUCGGACACAUCAGGCACCCCCCUCUGUGUCCUCCAUCCCCCAGGUCCCCUCCCCAGACUCCCUGCCUCAAUUAGCAAGCGCUCCCUCUCUGACUAAUUCCUUUGCUACUGUCUUUCUGCAUUAUUAUUCUAAUGAUUAUUAAUUAUUACCCUCUCCUCCCGUUCCUGCCGUGCCCUUCCCUUAAAACCACGCACGGACCCGCUUGUUCUGGGGAUUUACCAGAGCUCCCCGGUUCUGUUCAGCACCCACAGGUUCCCAGGUGCACCCACACCUCUCUCUGUGUGCCCACCCUGCGGCCCCACUCAUCCCCCUUUCUCCCCCAUCCUACUCUUUUCCCCAUUCCCCCUGUUCCUCCAGGCUUUCCUGCUCUCCCCCACUCCCACUCCCUCCUGCUGCAUUUGCUUUUUGCCCUUUGCUGUUGCACCUCCUGGGGUUGUUGUUGUUUCUUUUUUACAUCCCCCCCAACAACUUUUCUCUCCCUUCUUUCCUCCCGUCCCGGUGAUGUGAGGAUUUGCUCCCACUGGGACUCACCAGGCAUCACCUGGUGACAUCGGGCAGGGUGACGAACCCUUUCCUGCCCCCAAAUCCUUCUUCAGCCUCCUCCCCCCGCCCCCUUUUUUUUUUUUUUUUGAUGGAAAACAUCAAAACAUUCCUGUUUUCCCGGGUGCAGCCCCAGGACCAGCUCAGCCCCCCAGAUCACAGCCUCUUUCCCCUGGGACCCACCUGUGAACCCCAAUAAACACCCCCCCCUGCCUUCCAACCUUUCCCCCUCUCCCCCUAAGACCUCCCACUGGCCAGGCCAGACCCCCAGAUACUUCUUGGAGGCCAAAAACCCCAUAAAUCAAAACUCCACCACUCCAUGGUGAACAAUAUCUUAUGUAAAAAGGUGUUUCCAGGGAGAACCAAAGUCUGGAGAAUCCUAUUAGGAGGGACACGAUUAAUUAUAACGAGUCAGCACAACCUACUCCAGCCAUUUUUUAUCCCAGGACCAAAACCUGAUUACUCUCCACCUUCUGCAGACCUUCCCUUUCUGGAAAAAAAACACAACAAAACACCAAAAAAACAAGGGAAAAAGGUCAGGCAAAAAAAUAGAAUAGCAUUGAUGUUUGCCCAA